GCGAUCUCCAACAAUGGGCGGUGCCUUUCGCACGCCCGCCGGGGCGCGCGGGGAGGCGGCCGACCAUAUGGGCCCGCCGCCAAGGUACGAGCACGCGUGAUGCCGUCCGCGCGCGAUCCCUCUCCACCGCCCCGUGCCACUGCAUUCUACUCACACCUUCACUGCCAGCGCUAGUGUCUUUUGCAUCGCGGGGAUUGCACGCUCGAGCGGGGGCCUCUGUAGAUAUACGCGCGCCCAGGCGGUCCAUACCCUCUUUCCCUUUCUUUCUUCGCGUAGGUAUUGCUUCCUCGAGUCGUCGAUCGUCGUUCUUGGUCCUUGUGCGCAGUGGAAUCGCGUCUCCCUCCCUCACUCGCGAGUAUGCCGGCAUUGUUCGUCCCCAGGGCGGGUACGCCCACGCCACUCAAUCCUGCGAUGCUGGCCAACAUGACGGUGGAGGAGAUCAUGGGGAACCUCACCCAGGCGGCAUUCACUGAGCCCGAGCAGUCGCUGGAUACCAUGUACGGUGCGCCCUUCAUCGGUGUGAUCAUCGCGUCCUUCUUGUUCGGCGUCACUUCCCUACAAGCAUACUGGUACUUCCACCACUAUCCGCGGGACCCUUUAAAGCAGAAGCUGUCGGUCGGCUCGCUAUGGUUGCUUGACACCGCGCACACCGCCGCAACCAUUCACGCCGUCUACUACUACAUGGUUAAGAACUUCGGGAACGUGACGGCCGCGUACCACAUCGUGUGGUCCAUCCAGCUCCAAGUCGCGAUCAACGUCGUCAUCAUCGUCCUCGUCCAGUCCCUCUACGCCUCGCGCAUAUGGCGGCUAUCGGGCUAUCAUCGCGGCUUCUUGGGCUACGUCGCGAUGGCCACCGUGCUCGGCGGCUUCGGCAUCGGCGUGGUACUGGCGUACGAGAUCUACAGCAUCGAUACCUUCAUUGAGUUGAACCAUGUUGCGUGGGUGGUAGAAGCCUCGCUUUCUGCGGCUACCGGCAUCGAUGCGGUUCUCGCCCUUGCGAUGUGCUGGCACCUCAAGAAGAGCCAGGGCAAGGAUCAAGUUCUGAACUCGCGGAUAUCGACGAUCAUGCAGUACACGCUGUCGUCUGGCUUGCUCACGAGCGCCUGCUCAUUGGCUGCUCUGGCGAUGUUCACCGUUCAGCGAGCGACGCUGGUCUACCUCGGCAUCGAAUUCCUGCUAACAAAACUCUACGCUGGCUCGUACUUCGCACUUCUGAACGCCCGGAGACGAGACGACAGCCCGACAACACAGGGCGCCUCGGGCUACAACGGCGGCAUCUUCGGCGACGAUGUCGUCCCCGGCCGCGACCACCUGCUCACGAUCGCCAGCUUCGGCGGCGGCGUCGACCGCGAGGACGAGGUGUACGGCAAGCGCGACACGCUCGAGUACACCGCCAAGGCGCACGAGCUCGAACAGUAUCCGCCGAAGCCGCAGCGUAGUCCCCUUGGCUUCACCAGCUUCACCGGCGAGGUCCCCGCGCGGCGGGCUGCGCGGGCGGAAGCGCGUUUGGGGCGGAACCCGAGCACGGAGGCGCGGCUAGGACGGCACCCGAGCUCGGAGGCACGUCUGGCGCGGAAGCUGAGCGGGCGCGUGCAGACGCCGCCGCAAGUGACGGUCGAGCAGCGGACGUCGGUGUAUGCGGACGACCGGACGAGGGUGGCGGGGGUGGCGGAUGCGAUGCCGAGCGAGCGGUGGUUGCGGACGACGGCGGAGGAGGAUCGGGAAGAUGAGAGCGUGUACUCGGUGCAGUCGCCAGAGAGCUACACAAGUACGGCGCCCUUGAACCGAGGGGUCGACCGGUCAAACUCGCAACGCUCAGUCGCCACCAUAAACCAACCACGACCAGCGUACAUGGAGAAGUGGUGAUGCGUAUUGGACCUCUCCGACCGUCUAAUCGUGACCACUCGCCUUCGCCCCACUUGAUCCUACCUACUAAUCCGCGUCGCACUUUUCACUUUGUGCCCACCGCCCUUUGUCCCCGUCUGCGUCUAUCAGCCCUAAUUCCCGCAAACUAGCCAGCACCUCCAGUCCAUCUCUACCUCAUCCACCUCAGACUUCGCUCGUCUCCACCCCCUCGGGCGUUCAUCGUGUGGGCUCCCAGCAUCUCCCAAGGAGCCACCCACACGAUCCCCCUACCAUCUGUCCAACUACACCACCACCACCACGCUCUUCCCGUCCUUCUACAUCUCUUUCUUUUCUACUCUAGGGUUUCUGGAGCCACCUUGUUCUCGGAGCGUACGCAACAAGUAUAUGAUCUUGUGUGGGUAUACGGAAUGUAUCAGUAGUAUCUGUAGUGUCAUUCAUUCGUUCUAUCUGC